AUGUGUAUUCGUUCGGAGGAUGUCGUCCGAUGGAUAUACUGGGCUGUCCGCUUUAUCAUGUUCUUGUUCACUGUCGCCAUCGCCAACUUCGAAAUCUUCGUCAUCGUCUCCGCAGUUGAUUGGCUCCGCGACUUCGACAAACUCUCUGGUCAUAACUCUGACUGGAAUUGGACCGUGGCCAUUCUCACCAUCGCCGCUUUCCGCGUCGCGUUCAACGCUGGAGAGAGCUUCAUCAGCUUUCAGGACUGGAACAAGAUGAGAAAAGCAUACUCGCCCACACCUAUGAAUUACAUAGGUCUCUGUUUCAUUGCGGUUGUGGAUCUCAUCCCCUCCGCCAUAUACUGGGUCCACGUGCGCCCGCGUAACUGGGCGGACGUGCUGCGCCAGGCGGGACACGCCGACCACGCCGACAACUUUGACAAGUUCGUCAGCUUUCAAGAGGCCGUCAUCAUUUUCAUGUCCAUCAUUGCCGGAAUAGCCGCGAUCAAUCUCCUGGUCUUCCUUGUCGUGUUGGUUGUGACCUGGCGCUUAGAGCGGAUUGAUCGCCCAUCGAGUCGAAGUCAAAAUUGA